UCUCUCUCCCGCACACACACAAACACACACACACGCACGCACAUGUGUUUAACGAGCGUCCCGCGGUAGCACACACUCACUGCAGCACCGUCCCGCCGCGGGAUGGAUGAACCGGACGCGGCGCGUCAGCGGAACGGGCCCGCCGCGGGCGCGCGCAUGCACGGUUUGUUCACGGACACGGACACCGGGCGGCUCACAGUCGCGCUGACUCUGUCGGACAGCUGCCUGACUAUCCAGAGGAUCAGCUGCGCUUCACCGCCGGAGCACCUGGACCUGCGCGACUGCCUGGGGAGCCGCGCGCACCGGGGCGAGAGCGAGGACCAGGGCGCGCAGCUCUGCGUGUAUUUCUACGCGUACCGGCGCCGCUGGAUGGCCUCGGGUCCGGUGCGCCAGAGGGACGAGCGGCGCUUUCGGCUCGCGCUCGGUACGGAGGAAAGCGAUGAGGACGCGAGCCUGCGCGAGGCGGAACGGUGGGCGCGCGCCAUCAACACCGCGCGGCGUCCGGAACACACGCACGGUGUGUUCUUCUCUGAGGUCCGUCGACCAUGUGGCGUGAUGGUAUUGGUCAAUCCUCAGAGUGGGCGGGGCCAAGCGAUGGCUCUCUAUAAUGGCCACGUUCAGCGGAUGCUCACUGAGGCGGAUAUACCGCACACACUCUUCAUCACAGAGCGUCAGAAUCACGCGCGGGAUCUGGUGCGGAGCGCUGACCUGACGCAGUGGGAUGCUCUGGUCAUUCUGUCUGGAGACGGGCUGCUGUUUGAGGUCGUGAACGGUCUAAUGGAGAGGCAGGAUUGGGAAAAGGCCAUCCAGACUCCUCUGGGAAUCCUUCCUGGAGGUUCAGGAAAUGCACUGGCUGCUUCAGUCCAUCACUACACGCGAGCGUCUCCGGUGUGGGGUGAAGAUCUGCUGACCAGCUGUGGCUUUUUGCUCUGUAAGGGUGUGGUGUCUAAACUGGACCUGAUCUCCAUCAGCCUGUCGUCCGGCGCUCGUCUCUUCUCCUUCCUGUCUCUGGCCUGGGGCUUCGUGGCCGACGUGGACAUCGAGAGCGAGCAGUUCCGUCAGAUCGGAGCGCUGCGCUUCAUCCUCGGCACGCUGCUGCGCCUGGCCUCCUUACGGAUCUAUCAGGGAAAACUGGCCUUCCUGCCAGCCGAAAACGAGUGCGGAUCGGACUCCGCAAGCUUUUCCCCCGCCGACAGCCGGCUGCCGGACCACCUGCUCGCCCCGCUGGAGCAACCCGUCCCGCGGAACUGGACGCUGGUGGAGGAGCAGGAGUUCGUUCUGGUGCUCGCCAUGUUCCAGUCGCACCUGAGCGAGGAUCUGCUGGCGGCUCCGGACGCGCGCGCUGACGACGGGCUCAUCCACCUGUUCUACGUGACAGCGGGAAUCUCACGCGUCGCGCUGCUGCAGCUCUUCCGGGCCAUGCAGAGCGGGACGCACCUGGACUGUGGCUGUGCACACCUGGUGUAUCGGCGCGCGCGAGCGCUGAGGCUGGAGCCGCUGAGCGCCCCCGGCGUGAUGACGGUGGACGGGGAGCGUGUGGAGUACGGGCCUGUGCAGGCGCAGGUGCACAGAGGAGCGGCCCGCCUCAUCUCCGCGUGAACCAUUUAAGGGCCAGAUUUACUAAACAGGGCAAAUUAGCAUUAGAGCACAAUUCCAUAAAAGCGCUGAUGGGAGGGGAAAACUCUGCGAGUGAUUUACCAACAAUGCGCACAGUAAAGAACACAGACACAGUCAGAUAAUUUCCAUAACGACUAGCGCAAUCUACCAAGAGCAGUGCAAAUUACCGCUUGCUUUAAAGGGGUCAUCAGAUGCCCAUUUUCCACAAGUUGAUAUGAUUCUUAAGGGUCUUAAUGAGAAGUCUAUAACAUACUUGGGUUCAAAUUUCUCAAUGGUAGUGUAAAACAACACUCUUUUUACCCUGUCAAAAUCAGCUCUUUUUAGAGCAAGCCGUUUUCUUGCAUGCAUCUUUAAAUGCAAAUGAGCUGUGCUCGCCCCGCCCCUCUCUUCCGAGCCGCUCUCUGAGAGACGGUAAACUUUAGCCGCAUUCAUUGUGAAACUUCCUAACUAGCACGUUAUUAGGAAAGCUGAUUUGCAAAGAUUCAUUAAAAAAACGUAUACUCAAUUCUUCUGGAGGUGAAGCUGGAUCACGAAUGAUUCGCGUAACCAUAAACGCAUUUAGGUAGAUCGGGGGAGCAUUCCCUUCAAAAACAAACAUAAUCCUCUGCUUCUUCAGCGGAUCAGAUGUCGGGAGUAAAUGACAACUGCUAUGUUCAUUAUUACAUCCAACAACAAAACACCUCAGUCGCUUAGGAGACAUUCUUUUCUACAUCUGCUCCGGCGGUGAAACAAUGGUGGACUGAUGACAGAUCACUCAGGGUGGGUCUAAGGUAACACACCAGUCCAAUCUGUGCUGAAACGCUAGUGUCAAUCAACUAUCGUGGGAGGAGCCUGGGUUUGUGGGACAUCACACAGCCAAGAAGCUGAGAACGGCUUGAUUUGUGAAAGGGGUAAUGAUUUUAGUUGAUAAAAAAAUAAUAAAAACACUGGGUGGAUUUUAUCAUUAUAGGGUGGUUGUGUACACACACUGCCAACACACAUUUAUGUUCAAACAGCCUGUAAGAAUGUAUUUUGCAUCCGAUAACCCCUUUAAUACAUGCCUUUUGGGGAUUAAAUAAUGGUGAAAAUACCAGUUAUUUUACGAGGGCAAACGUUAGUAGCUAAAUCGAGUUGCGUGAUUCAUUUUAAUACUCUCCUCCCAUAAAUUUUGCAUCUGAAAGGGAAACUCCUGUAAAUGCGUAUUCUAUAAGGUCAGGCCCAAAAAUAACUGUGUCUGCACCUUUUCAGUGCUAAUUCUUCACUGCGUGUAUUUAGUAAAUCCUGCCAUUACUAUUUUAACACCAAAAGAUGGUUUGCUCUGGCAUAAGCUGUUAGUAAAUCUGGCCCUUAAAAGGGAAAUCCUUUACCUGAAGCAACAUGGAACCGCACAAUCCUGACUGGCUGCCGUUAAACUUGAAUUUAAUGUUCGUUUGUUUGUUUUAUUGAGGAAUUGUAACUUUGAGUGAAUCUCACGAAACCAGGUGUCGGGGUCAUAGCCUAUUUCACCCCAAAAUCAGAAGACAUGAUACACUUUGUGGUUACAAGACUGACUGUUUUUACAUUGACAUUGUUUCCCUGACAUAAAUUUGCAUAAUUUAAAUACAAACAUUAAAAAAUCGUAAAUUCAUGUUCAAAAAAAUAUUUAUUUUCUUUGAUUUUUGGGAUGAAAUAUGAACUUGAGCAGGUUGAGAGUCAUCAUUUCUGAUGAUUGUGCAUCUGACAUGUCUCGGUCACAUUUCAUCCCAAAAAAACAAGAAUUUUUUUUUAAUGUUUUUACAAGUUUACAUUGAUUCUGAUUACAUUGAUUGAACUCAUUUUUAUUGAAAAAUAGUACAAUGAAAAAUAUCCAUGUAAUCUACAAAAUUACUUGAUUUUCUUUAAGCAAACAAAUAAAUAAACAAAUUAAUUAAUUAAUGAAAUAGAUGAGGUGAAAUAUGAGCUGAGCAGGUUGCAAUUCAUUUUAGGGUCAUUCUUCACUCCAAAAAUCAAAAGAAAGAAAAAUAAAUGCAUAAAAUUGACUUUUUUUAUACUGACUGUUAAUUGAUUGUUUUUACUUCAUGCAAAACAUAAUUUUGAAUCGAUUUUCUGUGGGUGAAAUAUGAACUGAAUAAGUUGAGAUUCAUUAUCUCUGAUUCUUGUGCAUCUAAAAGCAUGUCCAGGUCACAUUUCAUACCAAACAACAGAAGAAAUUAAAUUUUGCUUUAAGAAAAUGCACUGUUUUUACAUUGUGACAUUAUUUUCAUCACAGUCAAACACAUUAAACCCGAAAUAAUAACUGAAAACAUUCCCAAUGCAAAGCUUCUUCAUUUAAUACAUAAUAAGCUUUGUUUCCUUUAUGCGAAACGCAGUUACUUAUUUCUUUGCUUGGAUUUUUGGAGUGAAAUAUGAGAUCUGUCAUCUCUGAGGUUUGGUGAGUUUCAUGGUCUCUGAUGCUGGAGUUUAUGCUGCUGCGAUGCACCAAUCUUGAUUUUCAGAAGUGCCAAUGUUGAAAAUAUGAUAUAGUUGUUCAUCUUUAUUUUUCUAUGAUAUAAAUCAGGUUAUGUUUAUGUUUAUUGUUUAUUAUUAUUUAAGAGCGGUUUUACUGUCAGUGUGUGUGUGUGUGUGUGUGUGUGUGUGUGUGUGUGUGUGUGUGUGUGUGUUUGUGAUGAAGACUCACCAGCCGCCUGCACCAAUAUAUCUCAAUAUCUGAAGGUUUUAUUAUGCCUGCCGUAGAUGAACCAUUAUUUAAAAUAUAAAUACUAAAAUGAAAAACAGAAAUAUUUUCCUUCUAGCCAUGAAACUGUUUUGCUGUUAUUAGCUAUUAUAAGCUGUUUCUCUAUGUACCAAACAUGCUGCCUUCAGAUCCUCCUGGAAAAUUACAGUUUUUCAUCAACAACAUCCAAAAUAACAGCUAAAUACGCUGUAUUGUUGACAUUGUUACAUGCUCAAUGCCCUGUCAUUGAAAACUUUUCUCAUGAAUGUGUCACAGAAACAUUAGUUAAACUAUUUAAAAAAAAAAAAAAAACCUGUUAAAAGACACAAAAUCUGAUUUGCUUCUGGGGUCAGACUAUCAUUCUCACAUUACAAUUUUAACUUGAUAAUUAACAAAACAACAAUAAAAUGGACAGAUGUUCAUAAAGAGCUAAAAUUGUUCAUUACUCAUUGACAGUUCGCUUAUAUAAGCAUCAACUUCAUAUUCAUUGCAUGACCAUCUUUUAAAAUCCAAAUUUUCCAAACCAUCACAGAAUUCAUCAAAUCCAUUGAUAACACUUACUGAUGUUUGUGCUGCCUCCAAGAUGAUGUCACUUCCUGGGUGAUGUCAUCAGUGAAAGGUUAAAGGUUUAAACAUUUAUUAAAUGAGCAUCCAUAGCCAAAGCUGUUUGCUUCAUUGUGAACUAAAAUGUUUUUUUUUAAAUUGUGAGUUUAAUAUCAUUUUAGUCUGGCACAGAGGUUCUGGGUUUUAAAACAACCAAUAUUCAGGUUCAAAUAUUUGCAUUAAUAAUAUUAAAUAAUAGCACAAUAUCUUAGAUGUAAUAUAGCUCAAAGUUCAAAAUAUCAGUAUGGGUUUUUCAGUGACCAGUUCUUUUAUUUUUGCAUUUUGUCCCUGUUGAACAUUUUGUUACAGGCUUGUUCAGACCAGCCAGAUGCGGACCAAUGGACAGAUUCAGGCUAACCGUGACUGAAAGGUUUAAAGCCAUAUAGAUGAUCAAACAUCCAUAGGACAUGUUUUGUUGAUUUGUGUAUUUGAUGACACUCUCUAGAGUUUGUAAAGUGAAUCAAGUUCAGAACAGUGUGACUUAUUGAAUCAGAGUUGAAAUGAUGUAAACACUCCAUAUUGUUUUUGAUGGUAAAGGAAUUAUAUUUGAUUUGCGCAAUGAUUUUUGCACAAUACUGUAUGUGACCAGAGGGGAACAAUCGGAAAUAAAAGUGAUUUGAUUUAUUUGAAAAUUAAAAAUGUGCAUAUGAUUGCAACUGUACUGUGAUAUUUAAAUAGCAUUCUCUAUACUUGAGAUAAAUAUAAAAAUAUGUUCUAUAUUUUUCCAAAGUUAUACAUUUUUAUGAAAAAAUAAAUUUUCAGAUGG